AAAGUGUCGCAAGUUUUACUUCGCCAAGGUGCUUAUCAGUGAAUUUAGACUUUCUACGGGAUUCUCGUGGCCUGUUUUGAUACUUUGAGUAAGUUGUGAGAUGCCGCCGACGGGUGGGUUCACGUUUGGGCAGGCGCAGACCCCGGCACAGCCGCAGGGAAGCCUGUUCGCCAUGCCUGCUCCAGCCGCCUCGUCUGCUGUCGGUGGGCUCUCCUUUGGAACACCGGCUACGACAACGGCAAGUCUAACUAGCACUGGCACAAUAGGAGGGCUGACAUUUGGAGCAGCCCCAGCCACUGGUCUAGGAGUGGGCACCACAACUCCAGCAACAGGACUGUCCUUUGGUACACCGUCCACCAAGACAGGCACCACAGGCUUCACACUUGGACAGCCUGCUGCAGCAGCUACAACAGGCACUUCAGGAUUCACCCUAGGCCUGCCCGGUGCUGCAGCCGCCACCACCACCUCUAACUUUGUCCUAACGCUGCCCACGGCUGCUACCACUACUGCUUCCAUAUUUGGUACACCUGCAGCCACCACAGCAGCUACAACAGGUGGCUUGUUUGGCACACCAGCCGCGAGCACUGCUGCGCUGACAGGUGGCAUCUUUGGCAACAAAACCACUGCUGCCUCCACAGCAGCCACCACCACUACAACAGGACUGGGUGGGGGCCUGUUUGGGACUCCAGCCACUACUGGUGGUCUCAAACUAGGUGGCCUUGGUGGUACAGCCACAACAACGACCACAGGACUGGGAGGUGGCUUUUCUUUCGGUACACCAACAGCAACGACUACAACAACUUCAGCUGGUGGCCUGACCUUGGGAGGGUUGACUGGCCUGGCAGCUCCUGCAACAACUACAGCCAGUAUAGGGCUGGGUGGGACUGGCCCCACUUCUCAGGCUAGCACAACGACAACAGGUACUGUAGGAACUAAACCAGGUGAUGGUAAAGCGGGGAAGGACAAUGAAGUACCCAAUGAAAUUGGUCAGAGUGUGGAAACAUUUAGAAAACAUGUGAAAGAACAGAAGGAUGUUCAGGAUGAGAUCUCCAGAGUGAGCUCCAAGCCUCUGGAUAAGGUACAGGAGGACAUCACAGCGCUCAGACAGAUGCUGUCUGUGGUGUCCAGCGGUCUGCAGAGAAACGCUGUGGCCAUAGAGAAACUCAAGGCAGACUCUGCACAGGAGCUGAAGAAUGUGGAGAUUGCCCAGCGCACUAAGGACACUCCCCCAGGAUUACAACAUGAGCACACAGCUCCGGCAGAGUAUUUCCAGCGGCUGGUGGAACAGUUUGAAGUGCAGAUGUUGAUGUGUCGGCAGCAGAUAGAGCAGCUGGAGAACCACAUCGCUGCCCUGUCCCACCCAGCCUACUUCACACCACAAACCCUGUCCUCUGUGCUGCGAAGACUACAUGAGACAUUUGUGGCACUGGCAGGCAACCUACAUGGGAUCCACGAGGCAGUCAAGACUCAGAAGGAGCAGUACCUGGUCUACAGGAAAGUUUUCCUGGGAGACACCACAGAUGUGUUUGAGGCCAGACGGAAGUCCCAGUCAGCCUCCUCCAGGUCCAAACCACCUCCAGUCACUGUGGGACCUUCUCCAUUUACUGGAAUGACCAAUGCAGCAGCUGUUGCCAUGGCAACAGCACUGAAUGCCCAACAGCAGCCAACGGCAGGUGCCCCACCUACCCUGGGUCUGAACACAACAGGUAUAGGUGGCCUGGGCACAACUGGUGCCUUUGGUACAGGUACUACAGGCCUGGGCACCACAGGGCUGGGCACCACAGGGCUGGGCACUGCAACUGCCUUUGGGACAGGAACAACAGGAUUUGGAACUGGGACUGGGACCACCUCGUUUGGGACAAGUGCCCCACAGUUUGGGACACCGUUUGGUGCCACCACUACCACAAAACCAGCCACAGGUUUUGGCUCAGGCAGCCUGAGUGCAGGGAUUGGGACUGCCACAAGCACAUUUGGGUUUGGUAAUCAAACAACCAAGCCCAUGGGUGCUGCUACACCCUUCCCAUCAGGAGUAGGUCUGCUGUUUGGAACGUCAGCCUCCGGUGCGACAGCUGCAGCCAACAAACCCUUCCAGUUACAAAAACCUCCGGCCGGAAAUAAGAAGGGGAAAAGAUUUUAGUGAUACUACAUGAUGCUGUACCAUUAAAAUGUUUAAGAAAUUAUUACAGACCCAUUGAACAUAAAGAAAGGAACAUUUCCCAAAAUGCUGGUUAGGAUGAAAGGGUAGAUGGGCAAGUACUGAACUUCAAAAACAUGUUCUAGUGAAUAUCAGACUUACACCCAGUGCCAUGUCAGUUGUCUUCUUCAGAGUGAAGGCAGAUCCAGCUAUUUUACAUGCUAUGUACAGUAUACAUGAUCGUUUUGAAUUCACUUUCUAAAAUAAUUAUGUUUAAUAUUAACAGUUAAGCUAGACCUUGUGUAACAUGUUUAGGUAUUGGAAUGUAUAUCUUACUUCCACACAUUGUACAUCUACUUUUGUCUUACUGCAUAAGUGUUUUCACCUACUUGUAUAACAGUGCUUUGAUUUAUACAUUAUAAUGUAGUAGCAAUGAAAAGUUUUACCUUGAAAUAAACAUUCCUCUUGUAGGUCA